GAAAGAUGCUUGCCUUGCUUGUUGCCCUUGCCUCCUCCUCGGUCGGUCGAGGAGGGAAUGAAUUGCAGAGAAAGCAACGCAUAAAGGCUGCAGAGCAUAUAUGCUAUGCUCUAGCAUGAGAUUGUGAUCGCAUCGCACGCCAACACCGACCGUACCACCAAUCAAGCAAUAAUCGCCCAUGGCUCUCAACUACUUGGCCGUCGCCGCCAUCAACUUGGUCGCCGCGCUGCUCUCCAUCCCCGUCAUCGCCGCCGGCAUCUGGCUGUCUACGCAGCCCGACAACGCCUGCGUCCAGAUCCUCCAGUGGCCUGUCAUUGCCCUCGGUGUCGCGGUCCUCGCGGUCGGCCUCGCCGGCUUCGUGGGGGCCUUCUGGCGCCUCCCCUGGCUCCUCCUCGCAUACCUCGUCGCCAUGCUCGCCCUCGUCCUCGCGCUCGCCUGCCUCGCCGCCUUCGUCUUCGCGGUCACCGCCGCCUCCUCGGGCCGCCCGGUCCCCAGCCGGGCCUUCCUUGAGUACGACCUCGACGACUACUCGGGAUGGCUGCGCGCCCGCCUGGACGCGCCGGGCCGCUGGGACCGGAUCAAGACCUGCCUGGCCGCCACACCCACCUGCUCCGACCUCAAUCAGACUGCUGCCUACGCCACAGCGCAGGGCUUCUUCACAGCCGCCUCGCUCAGCCCUCUGCAGUCGGGCUGCUGCAAGCCUCCCACCAGGUGCGGCUACACCUUCGUCACCCCGACCUACUGGAUCAGCCCCAUCAGCCCCGCCGCCGACCCCGACUGCGCCGCCUGGAGCAACGAGCAGGCCAAGUUCUGCUACUCGUGCGCCUCCUGCAAGGCCGGCCUGCUCCAGAAUCUCCGCAGGGAGUGGCGCCGCGCCGACCUCAUCCUCGCCGUCGCCGCUGCGGCGCUCCUCGCCGUCUACGCCAUGGGCUGCUACGCCUUCCGCACCGCCAAGACCGACGAGCUCUUUCGCCGCUACAGGCAGGGCUACACAUAGCCACAUAGGCAACGAACCCCACACCGGGUUCCCUCCCUUUUAUUUUUGUCACUCACAUGCAUAUGUAUUAGCGGGAGUGAGGCUUGCAGCAGCCCGACUGGAGCUGGACUGGUGGGCAUUUUCUAGUCCGUCACCUCACAUUCGAAUUAAUAUAUUUCUCCAA